UCGACUAAUCGAGUUAACCUAGAACGUGUGUUUGAGUAAGAGAUUGUUAUUUGUUUAUUUUACUUUAUUUUGCUGUUUUGUUUUAUAUUUAUUUGCAUUUGUUUCGUAGUAACAAGCAACAAUAAUUACGCACGCAAUUACUAACAACUCAUCAAAGCGAAAGCACUAGCCAGCCCAAACAAGUUUAUUACAUGUGGUGUCUUUGGAUUUGGAAUCCCUUUUUAUAUGCAACAUUGAGUUAUACCAUGUGAAUGAUAUCACUUCUUCAAAGAAUUCUACAAACAAUUAUUAACGAAAAUAUUAGGCCUAGAGUGAUGUCAUCCCAAGAAAUAAAGUCAAAUUAUUCUUUUAGAGGCAGAAAAAAAAUACAAAAAGACUCACUUAAUGAGAAAAUAGAAAAUAAAAGAGUAGUCAGGAAAUCUAAAGUAAACACCAAUGAUACAAAUUUGACAAUCAAACAAGAAAUAGACAUCAACACUGUUUGUCACGGUAAUAUUGGAACCGAGCAACAAAAGAGUGCAAUAGAAGGUGUCGAAAUUAAAAAAGAACCUGGUAUUGAUGUUGUGAAAUGUGAAAAAACUGAGGGUGAAGCCAAUGAAAUUGUAGAUUUAAAAAAACUCAAAUGGGAGCCUCCUUACUGGACAGUGGUUCUGGAGAACAUUCGAGAAAUGAGAAGAGGAGUUAGAGCCCCAGUAGAUGACAUGGGCUGUGACCAAUGUCAGGACGACGAGGCUUCUCCAGAGGUGCGACGGUUCCACGUGUUGGUAUCCCUGAUGCUGUCCAGUCAGACAAAGGACGGAGUAACACAUGCAGCAAUGCAACGUCUACGAGCCCAUGGUCUCACUGUCGAUCACAUACUCGACACUGACGACGACACACUCGGCAAACUCAUUUACCCUGUGGGCUUCUGGAAGAGUAAAGUGAAGUAUAUUAAAGCGACUGCACAAAUCCUAAAGGAAGAAUACAAAGGAGAUAUUCCGGACACUGUGGAGAAGCUGUGCAAACUGCCAGGCGUCGGCCCCAAGAUGGCACAUCUGUGUAUGAAUGUAGGGUGGGGCAUUGUCUCUGGCAUAGGUGUGGACACUCAUGUGCAUCGCAUAUCUAACCGGCUUGGUUGGGUCCGCAACACCAAAACACCAGAGAAAACCAGAAAAGAACUGGAGGACUGGCUGCCUCAAGAGCUGUGGAGUGAAGUCAACCAUCUUUUGGUUGGGUUUGGACAAACAAUCUGUCGACCUGUGGGUCCCCAAUGUGGCAGUUGCCUGAACAAGGAUUUGUGUCCAUUCGGAAAACAACCUGUCAAAAGUCCAAGGAAAAUUAAGGAAAAAACGUAAAAUGAUGAUCAUGUUAUUGUUUGCAUAUUGAACUCGAUGAACAAAUUGUUAAUUGUAUUCAAGGAGAAUUGUUGUUUUACAAUACGAGUAAUGUCUCUUGUGAUAUGUUCAGGGAUUAGUGUAAGUGUUACAUUAGUUACUUAAUUGUUUGUUUUUUUAUUAAAAAAAAAAAUGAGUGAAAAACAGAUACAUUCACAUUGAUAUUCAAAGUUUGAUAUUAUAUGCUAAACCAAUCUUAUAAAAAGUUAAAUUACUUUAAUUUUUAAUUACAAACAACUUUUUUAUGAUAAACAAAUGUAGUUGGUUAAUAUUGUUAUUGUCUUUAGUUGGUAUUUUUUAAAUAUAUGAUUACAAAUGUGUGUUAAAGUUAAAAUACCAUUUAAAUAGGUAGAGAACUUAAAUUAUACUCAAGUGCUACCUGAUAUCAGUAUACUUUUUGUAAAUAUGUGUUUAAGGCUUUAUUUUACAUUUGAUUGUUAUUUUUAUUUCUUAUUCUAUAUACAGUAUUUUUUUCUAAAUAAAGUAAUUGUUUAAAUA